UCUGUCCGUUUUUGAGACCAUACCAUAUUUUUUAAGGGGCGUCUUCCUGAUCUAUCCUUUCAAAUAUGUUAUCAGCUGUUCGCGUAAUAUAUUUGGUAACAUGGUGUGUAAAUGUAUCAAUGUGAUAAAUAUUUUCUCUCUCAGUGUCUCAUUCAAUCAACGCGAUGCUUGUCGUGUCAUACCCCCGCAUGGUUCAUAAUGGCGUCGUCCUGUGGUGUAUUUUUGAGGACAAGGGCACGUUCCCCAGCCACUGUCAGUUGUGUUGUUUUCUCAUGUGAGAGUCAACCAUGGCGAGAUUUUUGAGGCCUAACAUCAGGACUUUUGUCACCUCACAGCUGAGAAUGUCAUCCGACCAGCUGGGUGAGCUGGGUAAAGGUGCAGGAAAAGGUGGUGGCGGUGGAGGAUCCAUCAGAGAGGCAGGUGGGGGCAUGGGGAAGAAGCAGGCGGCUGAGGAGGAGAUGUACUUCAAGCGUAAGGAGCAGGAGCAGCUUGCGGCAUUGAAGCAGCAUCAUCAGGAAGAAAUAGACCACCACAAAAAGGAGAUUGAACGUCUGCAGCGUGAGAUUGACAGGCACAAGGGAAAGAUCAGAAAGCUGAAGCACGAUGACUAAGUGGAACCCCUCCAAAUAAGAUGUUAUGGUGUUUUUCACUGUUCCAGCCAGACAUCUUCAGUAAUUACUCUGAUUGCUACAUGCACUAUGUCACCAUGACGGUCAUGAAUGUGUGGACGAUUGUUCUGUAAAUGCUUGAAGGUUAUUAAAAUCAUAAAAUAUUGA